CUCGGCCGUAAAAAGUCCAACAAGUGCUGCAUCUUCCACAAGAAGCGCGAGUUUGGCGAAAGCUCGAGCGAGAGCGAGCCCGACUCGGACGACUCAAGCAGCAGCGCCGAGGCGCGCCGAACAAAGAAGACGCUGCGCGACCAAUCUGCCAAGCCUGCGCCCAAGAAGAAACACAUGUGCUCGCAGCACAACUGCCCGGAUACGAACCCGUAA